AUGGACGAUUGGCGAUGCAGGUUUCCUGCUGCUCCUCACUUGACAUCGGCGAUCCCGCAUUUCCAUGGACUUGAUUUUGGAAGAACGAUGCCUCUCCGGCAUCCUCCCAACGGCGCACAUCCGAGAAUCACCCUAGGCACGGCGCCUCAAAGUUUCCUUUCUUUCUCACCUCCAGUAGGACCUGCGCCGAGAACAGUGACCAGCCAUGAGCUCUCAAUUUCGCCAUCUUCCACCUCGUUUUCGUCUCCACAGCUACAGCCGUCUGCCAACGAAGGUGUAAGGGCUCAGAGCGCAGAGAAAAAACGAUGGCAAACAGCUAACUAUCGGUGGAUGUUUACUAAGAGAAAAGGUAAAAAGUAGAUUAAAGGCUUUAUUAAGAUAAAAAGACAUAAAAAUUGUUGUACUGUCAGUGAAAUCCCGUUACAAAUGGCACCAAUCUAGUUUGCAAUCAUAAUCUUUUGUAUUGUAAUAUACUAGUUUGUGUGUUUUGUGUUAUUAUUCGCUUCGUGGAUAAAUGGGCAUAAAAUCUGAAGGACCCUCGCCAAUACGGAAUAGUUUCUGUAGCCAUAUCGGCCUAGUUUUAGCAACACAACAAUAUUUUUUUUUUCUCUCAGCUUCAGGCAAUUCCUUUUUCCCUGUCUUGUUUUUAAAACCUAUCUUGACAGAGCACGAUGCCGAAAAGUGCUCCCGACCGGCUCACUGCACGCCCUGUUGAACAUCAAAUACGAUGUAAAGAAACAGAUUGCGCUUCCUUUGAAAAAUAAAACGAUCUGAUGCCUAUAAAAAGCAUUAAGAAGAACCACAUUCUGAUAAUACAACAUAGGUGUAAUCUCAGACAAGCAAAUCACUUAUAACACCAUGAUUUCUUUAUAAGGAGCUUGUGUUUUUUGACAUCGUGGAGCAGCAAAUGACUAAGAAUCUUUGAUCGCUCGCUAAAUGAUAAAUUUCUCAAGGGUCAUCACAGAAAGUGGUGUCUCAAAGUCUUCUUUCGAAAGCUGAAAUUUAAUAUAAAUCAAAAUAAGCAAUAAACUUUAUUCCACAAAACGUUAAGUUAAUCAAAUUCAACGGCGGUUUUCGUUAAUCAAUGACCAAAAUCAAAAAACUUAACAUCGCUCACAUUUUUCUAGUGUGCGAAUAAAUAAAAUAAACACCCAAAGUAUGUGCAAUAUUAAAGCGAUCCAUUUCGGCUUAGUUACUCCAUUACACCUGCUCGAGAGCUUGUUUAUUUACACAUUUGCAACAAAACAGGAACUUCUUUGCCGAAUUUUUCGAUUAAAACCUGUAAAUUGGUAAUUGAUUUUUGUGUGCACUGCUGACACUUCGUUGACACUUGAGCAAUUCUCGCUGAUUGAUUUCAAUGCAGUGUGCUAAUUAAACUGUUGAGAUUAAAUCAUCGAUGUUUGAGAGCCGACCUGGCAUUUAAACUUAUUGAUUCACUAGUUCUUACCAUCUAGUUGUUUCUGAUCGCCAUCUGAACGCCCUCCAGCGCAAUUGAAGAGAGAAAAUUUGGAGUUUUCUAGACCGUCUUUGUUCUGGAAUAUCACGUAGUACUGACAUCAAAACUGUCUGUUCUUUCUUAGUUCUCUUGCUUUCAAAAGUAGAUGGAAUUCGUUUCCCUCGGUUGACCAGAGGGGAACAAAACGCUCAUGAUCUUUACAAAAUAUAGGCAAAAUCCAUCAUGUUUCUAAUAAAAACCACAAAAAUAGUCGUGCGACCUUUGUAACCUACAAAUGUUGCUCCCAUGUGUUGUGGGAAUGUCUUGCAAAGUACAAAGCGCACAACCAAAGCCGUAGUAUUUCUAAGCUUUUACCAAAAGUAAGUCAAAUGUAGUUCAAUAUGAAAAAAAAUCGAAAUAAAUUUAAGAAAGACUAUUUUAAGACUGCUGUUCGAACACGAGCAACAAGAGUCAUAAAUCAUGCCUACAGAAUUUGGGAGGCAAUAAUGUCGUCGAACCUUAAGGGUAUAAAAUCAGCAGAAUUAAAAUAUAUGAGGUCUCUAAGCUGGAAAAAUUUGCUAAGAAAUAACUAAGAGUCAUAAUUUGUAUCUACAGCAAAAUUGCUUCAAAGUUUUGCCCGCCGUUUCACGUUCCUAGGUUAGCCCACCACCUAACUACAACAUGUAUAAAAUCUUUCAAGCAUUUAGUUUACAGUUCUUCAUUAAAAUAAGCCACAAAAAUCCAUCUAGAAACCAGUUUAACUAUGUCAUUUUCAAAGUAAACAUAACUGAGAUAAAAACUAUUACUGAGAGCACUUCCAAGGCUACAACUAAGAUAUAAGAAUUAUACACUUGCUUCAAAAUAGAAUAAAAUCUAUUUGGACUAAAUGAAUUCUCAUCUUGCAAGAAUUAUAUAUAUUAAGUGGGAGUUAACUAUCAAAGACACUUUGUCUUGAAAAGAACAACUUUAUCGUUUUUAACGAUCGACUGAAGAAAGGGUUAUCUUGCUUAUCAUCGGCCACAUCCGAAACAGUUUACAUUCAUCUUUAAACAUCCAAACUUAUCUCCUGGCGUGGCCAUAUUUUCUUGGUCUUUCUUGCACCGUAAUUAAGAGCAAACACAUACUGUAAAAUAUCUUUAAAAUCUGAUUCUAGUGCUGCAUUUAGGGAACGUAAUCUUUUUUGCUUAGCUAAUAAAGCUUCAAGCACAUUACAACCGAGAAAAUAUGCUUCAAAUCACAAUUUUAGAUUUGUGGUUUGGUCAAUUGAUGCCUCACUGAUUUCUUAUAAGCCGAAUCGUCUUUGGGUGAAUUGUAACAUUGAUUGCUAGAUUCAAAUCUUUGCGGUUUUCGACUUAAUGUCUCUUCAUUUCGUUAUUCUUAAUUUUAAUGCCUUUUUACAUCAACAGUAUCUGCGCAAUCAGAGAAAGAAGAAGUAAGCCUAGAGAAAAAAGGCCAAGCCAUGCCCAUCAACAAGAAGAGGUUCACUUUCACACAACGACAACUUGUGGAGCUCGAGAAGGAGUUUCACUUUAGCAAGUACUUAACAAGAACUCGACGAAUUGAAAUAGCAUCAAACUUGGAACUAACUGAAACGCAGAUUAAAAUAUGGUUUCAAAAUCGACGGAUGAAGUGGAAGCGAGAACUAAAAGAAACUAUUCGAAAGCAAGUAGGGAAGGAGACCGCAGGCGGCCAUUUCAAUCCGAGCUUCCACCAAAGCUAUCAGCCUUCUUUUCAUCACGAAAGUGCUCCAGCAUACCCGCAAAAUCCUGACAUUUUUGUCCAAAGACCUGCACCUCAAUAUUUUACGAACUUUUUAUCGCUUUAA